GUGUAUGUGUUCAUCGGUGCGCGCGGUGGAUAUAAAUAGGCGCGAAAAACCAUUCUAACCAGACGACAGAAUCAUACCACGAUAAUAGCAGACGGUGAUAUCCCACACUGGUGUAUGUUAAUUUUCUAGAGAAAUAAUAAUUUACGUUUGAAGAUUCCACGUGCUAGCAGACGAUAAUAUAGUUCGACAUUAGCAGACGAUAAUCUGGCACGAGAUAGUUGGGCAGACCAUAAGUUUACCUGUGUUUCUGACAUUUGAUAAAUCGUUUGAAGAAGGCGGAAUUUACAAGCCACGGUACAGCUUCGUUUACACGCUGACGUCACAGAUAUAUACACUGGUUUACUGAGAAGCAGACGUUCACCAGAUUCCUCAAGGUCGGAUCAAUAGCAGACGAUAUUUUAAAUCGCAGACGAAUUUUGAAGUUUUAUUUUGUAUUUCAUUGAAAAGCAAACAGACAAAGAUGGCCUCCUCACGUUUGGUUCCAAUAAAGCGGGAAGAAUGGAGUUUCUUCGAUCGACAGAGAUCGAUAUUCUCAUCGAUGAAUAAAGAUAUGGAAAAGGAAUGGAAGGAUUUCGACAUGGAACUGGAACGAAUCCGUAAAGAAAUGUUUACAUUGACUCCCACUGACUCUGGAAUGGGUCAGCUCACUUCUGGAGCAGAUUUCGGAAAUUUUGGAACCGACAUGGAUUUCGGAAAGAUGGGAUCUGGCAUGGAUUUCGGAAAGAUGGGAUCCGGGAUGGACUUAAUGAAAUCCGAGAUGAGCAAACUUGAAAAUUCCGCCGGAUUCGGAAAUAUGAACAGUAACCUGAUUCAAGUCGACAAACCAUUCGUCACGGACAUGGACGGUAACAAAAAACUCUCCAUUCGUUUUGAUGUCAGUCAGUUCAAACCAGAGGAAAUCUCCGUGAAAACCAUGGACAACAAGCUGAUGAUUCACGCCAAGCACACUGAAGAAUCUCCAGGACGUAAGGUCUACAGGGAAUUCAGUAAACAAUACGUCCUCCCCAACAAGAUCGACCCCUUAAAACUUAACUCCAUUCUCUCGAAGGAUGGGGUACUCAAUAUCGAAGCACCUGCUCCUGACGCCGUCGAGGCACCUAGAGAAAGGAUUCUACCCAUUCAACGAUUAUAAACUUUUAAUAAUUGUGUGUGUUUAUUGCAAAUUUUGAGAUCGUGCGAGAACUUGAUUUGAGGAAUGCUGAGAAACUGGUGAUGUGUGCUUUUUGACCUUUCAUUUUUUGUUAUUUGAUGGCUUUUGUGUAGCCGAGAAUUCCUAACAGUGUUAAAACAAAAUACAAAUAAAAACUAAAUAUUGUUCCCGAGAAAGAAACAUUAAAGAAUAUUCCAUACUAUACAAAAUAUUGGAACUAUACGAUGUUCUAUUUGUAGACCAAUGCGAUGAUCAAAGGCCAUAAAACAGCUUCUAAAAUAUGUGUUUAAUGACAAAAAUGUAUGAAAUAGCGUUUUGCUUGCUCACAAUUAAAAGGUACUAGCAUUUAAACAUAUCUUUUAUUUAUAUUAAUAUAUGAACAUGCUUUAACUAUAAACACUAUGUAUAGAUAGACAUAUUAUAUUAAUAUAUGAACAUGCUUUAACUAUAAACACUAUGUAUAGAUAGACAAUAUAUCUACGGUAUGAAUCUAGGUGUGGUGCUACGCCCUUUUUAUUUCCUGCUUAUGGCCCACACCCUGGUCUGGGCAUUUUUCGUUUUAAGUAAAAUUUGAACUUGUUUAGUUCAAAAGUAGGAAGAACUCUCGAAACCCCAAAAUAUUAAAAGUCCCCUUAUAUCUCAUUCAAGCUUUCCUCCCCUUAGUGGAAAUGACGUUUUGGACCUUGCAGAUGUUCUAAACAUGAGAUUCUGUGUUUUUAGUAUAUUUGUUGAAUUAUUAAGUUGUAUGCACAAUAUGUUAAAUAAGGAAACGUGGGCUUUCGGUUUUAAUUUAGUAGAAUAUUCUAAUAGAUUUUAUUUGUACAUAAUUAUUGUAGAUAUUUUAAAUUUUAUACUAAAUUGUUUUUAAAUAAAAAUCACCUGUUUUGUUAUAA